AUGGCUACCGAAGAGGGACAAGUGAUCGGUUGCCACACCGUUGAGCAUUGGAAACAGCAAUUCCAAAAGGCCAAUGAGUCUAAGAAACUGGUGGUGGUGGAUUUCACAGCUUCGUGGUGUGGUCCCUGCCGUGUAAUUUCUCCAAUUCUGGCGGAGUUUGCUAGGAGGUUGCCCAAUGUCAUUUUCCUGAAGGUGGAUGUGGAUGAACUGCCGACUGUUUCUGAGGAGUGGGAGGUUCAGGCUAUGCCAACUUUCAUUUUCCUCAAAGAAGGGAAGAUGGUGGAUAAGGUGGUGGGUGCUAAGAAAGAGGAACUGCAGGGGACCAUAGAGAAGCACCUUACUUCUGUUCUUACUGCUUGA